AUGCUUCUCAAGUCUCUUUCCCUCGCUUCUGCGGCCGGUCUUGCCGUUGCCUCUCCCAUGAGUCGACGGGAUGCAUACCCACCACUCUCUACAAGCACAUUCUUCACUCUCGUCGCCAAUGUAACCGAUACCACAAAGAACAUUUUCGAUCCGCCGGUGAAUGGCUGGUCUCUGAGCGGUGUUCACUCUGGCGCGGGCUUGAACGCGGCCAUUCUGAGCGCCAACGGGGGCGCAACCUUUUUCGUCAACGGAACCGGGCAGGAAGUCUCGAGCGCUUCCACAUCAGUCGCGCUGCCGCCCAUAGCCAGCACCGACGGCAACGGGCAGCCCUACUAUACGCCGCAGGGUCUGCAGUUCUCCGACUCGACCACAUCCGACGAGGUCUACAUUGGACUCAACUUUGGGCUCGGCACCAAGGGCGCAGGCAUCACCCCCGGACUGCGCAGCCCUUAUGCUGACCUGUUUGGACCUUUUGGCAGCACUCUGGUCGUCUGCAAUGAGACGGCACCGGCCUACACUCGCCCUCAGUACCCUGUCCGCGGUGAGACGGUCGUGCCCGACAACUGUGUCGCCAUCAAGCUGCUUGCGCAGUGCGCUUCUGGCCCAACCCUCGAGGGCGUCGAGGAGCUCAACAUCAUUACCGAGGACGUCAAGUGCUAUGAAGAUGUUUCUGCCAUUGAUUGGAGCCAAUACUAA